AUGUUCAGCAUCGACAAGAUCCUGCACUUUCUCAACACGUUCCUGUUCGUCGGCAACUUUCUCGUGUUGAUGAUGACGUCGACGUGCACGUCGUACUGGGUGUACGUCGGCUACGACGUCGAGCGCGUCGUCGCGCGCGCACAGAGUCUGGAGACGGUGCGCGUCGCCGUGCCCGUCGACACGGACACCUACGUCGUCGUCGACGCGAUAACGUGCAAGGACGCGACGAGACGGCCCGACACGACGCGCAGCCGACAGCAGAUCGCGUGCGGUGCGUCGGCGAUUGCGUCAGAUACCCCGUCGCGAGAUGACGAGAAUCGACGAGGUGGCCGACGCAAGCGACGCUCGAGACAGCGUCGUCCGACCGACAACGCGCCGACGCAGGCCGACCCCGCGGCAGUAAUACAGCGCAACAGCAGCUCGACUGCGUCAUCGUCGCUGAGGGGACCAUUCACCGGCGGUGACAUCAAUGCGACGAGUCAUCGCGACAUGACCCGCCUGCAGCUAGCGGCAGCCGACGUGUACGAACGCCCUCCGCCGUCUUCGGCCUCAUCUACCUCUCGCGCCGACAAACCGCGUGCCAGCGGUCGCCGACGAACGUCGCCUGCCAGGUCCCCGUGCGCCGCCGCCGACGACGACAACGACGGUGUUUCCGCGACGACAACGCGUUCGGGAUGCGACACGGUGGCACGGUACAUUGUGUACGAGCGCUAUAGCAAUCUCUACCAGGAAUGCGACAACCUCGAAGGGACAGUUCGUGAGCGACUCGGUCUGCAGCAAGCUCGCGGACGCUGCGUGAAUUUCAUCUUCGACCCAGAGGUUCGCACACGAGGCGGCGUGACGAACUUCAGCAAUUACGACAACGCUAGCGACAACAGCACGUCGCCUGCGAUCGCAGCUAUUGACCUAUCCGCGUUUCUGUGUGGGAUUGCCGCCGUGACGUUCAUGAUGAUCGGCGUAGGUCUGGGUGUCUUGGCUUCCUUUAUUGGUCGUGCCAACAUUAUGCUGAAGGGCUGCCAGUUCACAUUCAUUGCAGGUCUACUUCAAGCCACCACGCUCGGCCUCUUUCACAUCAAGCUCGCCAUUAUAUCGCGGCAGAGACGAGAGGUCCUGCGUGUAAACCGUCCCACGUGGGAUCCAGUGCGCAUCAUACUCGAAGAGGAGCGAACCGUCGGGUUCGGCUGGUCGUUCGUCCUGGCGUGGAUAUGUGUGGCGCUAUGCCUGCUCGCCGCCUGGCUCUGGCUGCAGAAGUACUGGAAGCUGGAGCAGCAGCGACGACCUGUGCAGCGGCUUCACUCACGCGUCGCCUACGGUCAGAUCGAGCGCUCGUGCCCGACGACGCCGGAGCUGGACUCCAACCCGGCACCUCGUGGCGCGCAGCGAACCGCCGUCCCUGCAAGCGUCGAAAUGGCGGCAGCGAGUAGCGCGCAUGCGCGCACGCCCCGUGCGGAGACACGCGCGGAGCGGACGCUCACGUGCGUCACGCAAUCGAGUGAGACGUUGUUAGACCGGAGUCCCAGAGAGUUGUCGCUAGACCGGAGUCCCAGAGAGUUGUUGCUAGACCGGAGUCCCAGAGAGUUGUCGCUAGACCGGAGUCCCAGAGAGUUGUCGCUAGACCGGAGUCCAAGAGAGUUGUUGCUACAGCGCAGUCCCAGAGAGUCGUUGCUAGAGCAGAGUCCCAGAAAGGUGUUACCAGAGCGGAGUCCCAGAGAGAAGUUAAUGUUAGAUGGGAGCCCAAGAGAGGACUUACCACUACGGCGGAAUCCUAAAGAGCACCUACUAUUAGAUCGGAGUCCUAGAGAGGAGCUGCUGUUGCGGAGAAGCGCCAUGGAACCGGGAAGCUCCGGGGUUACUAACAGCCGUACUGCUGGCGUGACGACGGCGCGUAGCCGAGAGUUCGCGCCAGGCAUGCUCAUGUCGACAGUGUGAGGCGGUCGUGUCGACACGAGGUCCACACGUCUGCAAGCGUGCAUGCAGCGCUGCUGCGUCGUCCGAGGCGCGAGCAGCCGUGCCGCCUCCAGUGUGCGCACCGUGCGUGACGGCAUACACGAGGGGAGGGGAUUGCAGUGUGGCCUCAGCAGCAGCAACGACCCGCACGCCGAGCGCUAGCCGAGUUAUGCGCGAACAGCAGGAGGGAAGCGCACGCACUGCGGGUCUCAGCCAGCGGCAACACUAUCGACACCGACGAUACGCAAUAUUUCUACGGAGAGUACACACACCCGCACGCACGCACGCACGCACGCACGUACGCAUAUACACACGUACACACAUACACAGGCGCGCACAC